AUCAGACCAAACUUGAAUCUUAAAAAAUCUAGCUCGGUCUAGCCUAUUUCCACGUGUACUUCACGACCAACUGUCAAUUAGUUGCAACAGUUGAUUCUUAGCAUUAUAUAAGAGAAGCUAUAGAGAGCUCGAACACCACAACACCACAACCAAAUCCCACAAUAAUCCCUUCAUCUUGAGAGCCAUUCUACACUAAGUCAUAUCUCUCAAGAAAAAUGGUGGUGUCAGUGUUGUCAUACAAACAAAAGCCUCAUGUAGUUUGUGUACCAUUCCCAGCACAAGGUCAUGUAAACCCUUUCAUCCAAUUAGCCAAAAUCCUUAAUAGCCUUGAUUUCCACAUAACCUUUGUGAACACUGAGUUCAAUCACAACCGUUUGAUUAACUCACUUGGUGAAGAGUUUGUAAAGGGUCAACCAGAUUUUAGAUUUGAGACUAUACCAGAUGGUUUACCACCAUCUGAUAAAAAUGCAACACAAAGCAUUGCUGCAUUGUGUGAAGGAACUAGGAAACAUUGUUAUGGUCCAUUGAAAGAGCUUGUGAAGAAUCUUAAUAAUUCUUCAGAAGUUCCUCAAGUUACUUCUAUUAUAUAUGAUGGACUUAUGGGGUUUGCUAGAAAAGUUGCUAAGGAUUUGGGUAUUGGAGAGCAACAGUUUUGGACUGCCUCUGCUUGUGGCUUGAUGGGAUAUUUGCAAUUUGAUGAGCUUGUCAAAAGAAAUAUUCUUCCAUACAAAGAUGAAAGUUAUAUCACUGAUGGGUCCUUGGAUGCUCAUCUAGACUGGACUCCAGGAAUGAAAGGUAUCCGAAUGAGGGACCUUCCAAGCUUCGUUAGAACAACUACAUUAGAUGAAACAAAUUUUGUUUGUUUUGGUGCUGAAGCUCACACAUGUAUGAAAUCAUCAGCACUCAUAAUUAACACUAUCCAAGAAUUAGAAAGUGAAGUUCUUGAUGCUCUUAUGGAGAUAAAUCCUAACAUAUAUAACAUUGGUCCACUUCAAUUUCUAGCUAAGCAAUUUCCUGAAAAAGAAAAUGGAUUCAAAUCCAAUGGUUCAAGUCUUUGGAAAAAUGAUUUAACAUGUCUCAAAUGGUUAGAUCAAUGGGAACCUUCUUCGGUUAUAUAUGUUAAUUAUGGAAGUAUAGCUGUGAUGAGUGAGGAACAUUUGAAUGAAUUUGCUUGGGGAUUAGCAAAUAGUAAAUUACCAUUUUUAUGGAUAAAAAGGCCGGAUUUGGUUAAGGGAAAACCUAAUUCAUUGUCGCAGGAGUUUUUAGAUGAAGUUAAGGAUAGAGGGUACAUAAUAACUUGGUGUCCUCAAAGUCAAGUCCUUGCUCAUCCAUCGGUCGGAGUUUUUUUAACUCACUGUGGUUGGAAUUCGUCACUUGAAAGUAUAAGUGAAGGUGUGCCUAUGAUCGGUUGGCCUUUCUUUGCUGAGCAACAAACAAAUUGUAGGUAUAUAUCUACAACUUGGGGGCCAAUAGGAAUGGAUAUUAAGGAUGAUGUGAAAAGAGAAGAGGUAACUACACUUGUGAAGGAAAUGAUCAAGGGUGAAAAAGGAAAAGAAAUGAGAAAAACAAGUCUUGAAUGGAAAAAGAAAGUAAUUGAAGCUAGUGAGCCUGGAGGUUCAUCUUACAAUGAUUUCUAUAGGUUGAUAAAGGAUGCUUUUCAUGGUGAAAUUAAUUAAUUGAGAUGUCUAAUGAUAAGGUUGGGAUAUGCCACACUAUGUUUAAUUUAAUUUCUAUUUUAUGUUGUUUGGUGUCAUUCUAGAGGUAAAAGGAUAAUUGGCUCUAAUUUGGCACUUUGUGUUGUGUAUCAAAUAAUACAUGUCUUCUACAAAGGCAUGUGAUCCAUUGUCUUGUAUUUCUAAGUAAUGAUCAUUGUUGUAUCUUUGUUAGUUGUGUAUGUAUAGUUUGGUCUGUUGUGGCAUAUAUUGUAUGAUGUAUUGUGUGGGUUCUAGUAUCUACAAGUGUAAACGAUUUGUGCCAAGUAUUAAUUAUUCAUAAUAAAAAUAUAGAUUGUUGUA